UCUCCUUGGGGUCGUGGUUAGGGGCCGUGGUUAGAGGGCGUUUUUCCUGCUGUGCGACACCGAGGGGGCGUGGUUAGGGGACGUUUUACUCCCUGUCUCUGAGGGGACGUAGAGGACGUUUCUCUGUCUCCGUCACUGGGCGGGGCGUAGUUAGGGGAACUUUAACGGUGGCGUGCCUCACCGAGGGGCGUGGUAAUCGAGGGGGUGUGAUUAGGUGACGUGGCGUAAGGCCGCUGUGAGGGGCGUGGCUAGAGGGACGUUUCUCCUCUUCGUCAACCAGGGGUCGUGGUUAACGAACGAUUUUCAUUUCUCGCGUCACCGAGGGGGCGUGGCUAGGGACGUUUCUUGUUCGCGGUCUCCUGGGAGGCGUGGUUAGGGGGUCGUCUCUCAAUCUUGUCGUCACCGUGGGGCGUGGUUAGGGGCAUGGCCAUCUUGCCACUCAUCCCCGCGGCACUGCCCCCGCUCCGCCCCCCGCCGCAGCCGCAGUCGCCGCCGAGUCGUCCCUCGGAGGCCGCGGACCGCGGUGGGAACCGGAGACGGUGACACGCGCGCUGACACACUCACCGCGGGGUUUGCUCGCCUCUCCCCUCCCCCGCCAGCGCGUGCCCUCCCAUCCCCCGCCCUGUGUUCUCUAUUUGCACGUUUUUUUUUUUUUUUUUUUCUCGUCUUCUGCCGCUGCCGCCGCAGUCCUCCCUGCCAUCCGGGGCCCCCACAAUGGCCACCAACGACGGCCCGGUCCUGCCCACACACCUAUCCGAGACCCCAAGGAGGACAUCGCCUCCCAACAUGGUGGGCACACGUGACGGUGUGUGAGGAGAGGGCAUGUUUCCGUGACCCAAGCUGGACGUGGAAGGAUGGAUCAUUGGCAGCCAUGACUGACAUACCUACAGUCUGGAGUCCCUCCCUCCGGUGACACGCCCAUCACGCACACGCCACGGAGGCCACAUGCCCUGUGUGUGUGUGUGUGUCACCCUCACUGGUCUUGCUGCCCCAGAUGCCCUUGUGAACCAUGCCGCUGGUCCGAGGACCUUAUGGCCGCAGAGGCAAAUGCCGUCCGGUGUGACAGCGAUCCUGUCGAUGAGAAUGACAUUGGCUCUUGAACACAAGGCAUUAAACAUGAUGAAAGCCGUGACACUGAGGGUGACAUCAAGGGUGGUGAAAAGUGUGGUGGCAAGCAUGACAUCGGGCGCCCUGCUGGUGUGCCUAGCGGUGGCCUCCCUGGCCGCAUGUGUGUCGUGCUCCUCGCUGCCGCCCGAGGACUCUGGGGAGGGGGCGGGGCCCGUGGUGGUGAGCACGCGAUACGGGCGGCUGCGGGGCAUGCGCGUGCCCCUGCCGGGCGGCUCUCUGGGCCCCGUGGCACGCUUCCUGGGCGUGCCCUACGCCGCCCCGCCCACCGGCCCUCGCCGCUUCCAGCCGCCUGAGCCUCCCGCCCCUUGGCCCGGCGUGCGAGGGGCCGCGCGCUUCGCCCCGGUGUGCCCCCAGGACGCCGACACACGCCCCACCCCCGCCGCCAUGCUGCCCGCCUGGCUCGCCGCUGACCCCGAUGCCGUGGCUGCGCACGCGCGCGAGCAAGACGAGGACUGCCUCUACCUCAACCUGUACGUGCCGGCGGGCGUGGACACCCGCGACCCAGCCACACGCAAGCCGGUCAUGGUGUUCAUCCACGGCGACUCAUACAUGGCAGGCACGGGGAACAUGAUGGACGGCAGUGUGCUGGCGAGCUAUGGCGAUGUCAUUGUGGUCACGCUCAACUACCGGCUGGGCGCGCUCGGCUUCCUGAGUACGGGCGACCCUGCAGCGCGUGGGAACUACGGGCUGCUGGACCAGAUGCAGGCGCUUCGCUGGCUGCGUGAGAACGCGGUCGCCUUCGGCGGGGAUCCCGCCCGUGUCACGGUCUUCGGCUCAGGCGCCGGAGCCUCGUGCGUGAGCCUGCUCACGCUGUCGCACUACUCAGAAGGCCUGUUCCAGAAGGCCAUCAUCCAGAGCGGCACCGCACUGUCCAGCUGGGCUGUCAACUACCAGCCGGCGGCGUAUGCGCGCAUGCUCGGAGCCCGUGUAGGCUGCGGAGGAGACAUGACGUCGGCGACCUCGCCCCCGGACACCAUGGCGACGCCUCCCUUGACGUCCUCGGUGCACGACCCGCCCUCCCCGUCAGCUGCGCUAGUGGCCUGCCUCCGCCGCCGAGGCGCCCGCGAGCUGACCCGGGCUGCGGGUUCGGUACCCGCGUCCGCGCCCUUCCACGUGGCCUUCGGGCCAGUGAUCGAUGGUGAUGUGGUGCCUGACGACCCGCAGAUCCUCAUGGAGCAGGGUGAGUUCCUCAACUACGACAUCCUUCUGGGCGUCAACCAGGCGGAGGGCGUGGCCCUGGCCGACCCCGCCCACCCGGACGGCGGCGGCGACGUCACAGCGGAUGGCGAAGAGGAGGAGGAGGUGUCGGCUGCAGGCUUCGAACUCGCUGUUGCCGCCUUCGUGGAUGCGCUGUACGGCUACCCGGGAGGGGAUGUGGGCGUGGCCGGACUGGGCGGGGGCGUGGCCGGCUGGGGCAGUGGAGCUGGCGGGGACUCGGCCCUUCGCGAGACGGCGCGCUUCAUGUACACGGACUGGGCGGAGCGCGAGGGCGGGGCGGGGUCACGGCGCCGCGCCCUGGCGGCCAUGAUGACGGACCACCAGUGGGCGGCGCCCGCCGUGGCCACCGCGGACUUGCACGCCCGGUACGGCUCGGCCACCUACUUCUACGCCUUUGCACACCCGUGUCGGGGGGACGCGCACCCCGCCUGGGCGGCCGAAGCGGGCGCGGCUCAUGGUGACGAGCUGCCCUUCGUGUUCGGGGUCCCGAUGCUCGUGCUGGCGGCGGCCGGGGGUGGGGUUGGAGGAGUCGGAAGCGAGGGCGCGGCCGGAAGUGACGUCGCCGUGGCCACCGCCGCCAAUGCUGCCGCCCUCUUCCCGUGCAACUUCACGCGUAAUGACGUAAUGCUCAGCGCCGUCGUCAUGACGUACUGGACCAACUUCGCCAAGACGGGGGACCCCAACCGUCCGGUGCCACAGGACACCAAGUUUGCGCACACACGUCCCAACCGCUUCGAGGCAGUGGCCUGGCCAAAGUACACACCACGGGAGCGCCUCUACCUGCACGUCGGGCUGCGGCCGCGUGUGCGUGACCACUACAGAGCCACCAAGGUGGCCUUCUGGCUGGAGCUGGUGCCGCAUCUACACGGGCUGCGCGAGGCAUUUCCCUACCUGACCACACCUACCGCCGCCCCACGUGCCCAGCCUGGCCCCCGCAGGGCGUGGCCGCCCACCCGCCGGCCUGCCCCACCCUCCUCAGGGAGGCCCGCCUCUUCCUCCUCCUCCUCUGCGUCAGCUUCAUCCUCGCGGGACUCAAACCCAGGGCCAGGCGAGGCCUCGGUGCUCAUUGAGACGCGCCGUGACUACUCCACGGAGCUCAGCGUCACCAUUGCCGUGGGCGCCUCCCUUCUCUUCCUCAACAUCCUGGCCUUCGCUGCCCUCUACUACAAGAAGGACAAGCGGCGCCAUGAGACCCACCACCGAAGGAUGGCUGCUUCCGGUGGCACUUCAGGGUUCGCGUCCGGGCUCACUUCCGCUUCUGGUGCAACUUCCGGUUCGACUUCCGGGUUUGCCUCUGGUCCCACUUCUGGUUUUGCUUCUACUUCUGGUCCCACUUCCGGAUAUACUGCUGCCCACCGCCCUGGAAACGAUGCCCUGAAACGUGGGCGGGAGGAGGACCCCGGGGCAGCAGUGACAUCGCCCUCAUCCCUCGAUGCCCUGCGGCUGCCCACUGGCCCGCCAGACUACGCACUUACGCUGCGUCGUGCCCCCGACGACGCUGCACCCCUUGCUGUGCCCAGUGCCAUCACCAUGGUGCCCAAUGCGCUGGCCGGGCUCCCACCACUGCACGCCUUUGGCCACUCCACCACUCGGGUAUAGUGGGAGAUUACUCACCCUGCCCCACACGCUCGUGUCAUCAACACUGAAGAAACCGUCGCUGGGGAUCGGGCGCCCCAGAAACUGACGUUAGGACCAUGAAAAUGGCAUGGGGGACCCUUGAAAUUGCCACAGGGACCCUCAAAAUGGCAUGGGAGAUCCUAGAAACCAAGAUGGGGGAUCUGGCACCCCUAAAACUAACAUGGGGAACCUAAAAACGGCACGGGAAACCCUUGAAACUGCCAUGGGAACCCUAGAAACUGCCACAGGGUCCCUACAAACUGGCAUGGGGACUCUCGGAACUGGUGGGGGUCCUUAGAUACCAUCACAUCUAUUCUACAAACUGCCACUGGGAUCGGGGACACCAGAAACUGACAUGAGGACCCUAACAGAUGGCAUGGGGGACCCUAGAAACCACCGAGGGUGACCUCUAGAAACCGCCACACUGAUUCUCCCCCCCGCCCCCCUGCCCCGCCACCCAAGCACGCGAUGAGGAUAAGGACCGCUGGCCCGAGGUCCAGAUCUGCCGUGGAAGACCUCAGCGUGAUACCCCCGGAUUCCAGGCCCAGAAUUACCCACAGUUCCCGGGAUGCUAACCAGCCUCCCAUGGUCCCCAGAACCUCCCAUAAUUUCCCAUGAUCCCAAGAACCUCCCGUGGUCCCCGGAACCCAACAUGAUCCCCAGAACCUCCCAUGAUCCUCCAUGAUCACCUAAGAUCUCAGAACCUACCAUGAUACCCAGAAUCUCCCAGGGUACCCCAGGAUCCCAGAACCUCCCAUGAUCCUCCAUGAUCCCCCACGAUCACAGAACCGCCCAUGAUCCCCAGAACCUCUCAGAUUCCCCAUGAUCCCAAGAACCUACCGUGGUCCCCAAAACCCAACAUGAUCCCCAGAACCUCCCAUAAUUCCCAAACCUCCCAGAUCCCCCAUGAUCCCAGAACCUCCCAUGAUCCCCCACCAUUGACAGGUCCUCGGCCGCGCCCUGGCCACGCCCCCUAUAGGCCCCACCCCCAUCCCUGAUGAAAUGUGAAGAGACUGAACUGGGAUUAAAAGAAAAGUUCAAAUUUUAAAGUUUUGAAAUUUUUGAAUUUUUAAAAAAAUUUUGAAUUUGAGUCACGAGCAUCAGUGUCAUCGAGGGAGAAAGAACAGAAGCUAUUCAAUAAAAAGGUGAAUUUUUAUUUCUACGGGAAACGCCGGGAAAGCAUUUCAGAAUUUGUGGGAAGUUUCUCCGAUGUUAUGAUUCUGUGGGGGGAAAAAUUUAAAGCCGUCAAGGUUCCUGCAGUCGGUCAGGAAUUUGCCCUAAUCCGGAAACAAACAAACAACAACCCCCCCCCCCCAUGAAAAAUUUUAUUUCACUGAAAAUUGAGAAUCUUGAUUUGACCAAAACCAAGAAAUUUCCUGAUUGUAGCUGAGGAAAAGUGUGAAAUUCUGCUGGAAAAAGAAACUGGGAUUUCUCUCCCGGAGAUAACUGGACAGAAUUCGAAUUUUGAAUCAAAAUUUAAUAAAUAAAUAAAUAAAUAACAACUGGGAAAUAGAAUCCAAAGCAACGAAUUCCACGAGGGGCUGGUGGACUCAUACAACCAAAAUCGAAUUUUUUUUUUUUUUUAAAAGAAAAGUUGGAAAAAAAUUGAAACUGCAGAAGGGUCAUGUGCAAAAAGACAAAAAUAAGAAAAAAAAGUGUGUAAAUUUUUUUUAAAUAAAAAAGGAAAAUGUAAA